GCUGGAGUAUUUUCACUUCGCCAGAACCCUUUUUCAGGAUUCUGCCUGGCUUGUCCCUAGUCUGUCAUCGUGAGGCUUGAUUCCUCUCAGCCUUGAGCUUGAAGCGUCUGAUUCUGCAAGGAUCGCCAGCGUCGUCGGCCAUUUAGAAGCUUUCAAAACGUGUAUUACACUCGUAAUACCAGACGCUAUGGCCACCUCAUUGGUCCAGUCGCAGGCCUCGUUCCUUGGCUCUGUGCGAUCGGCAGAAUUCGAGGGCUUGAGGAAGACCUCCACGUCGCAGAAUGUCGCCGCUGUCGCCCCGAAGAAGACGCAAAGGGCUGGCGUCGUCAAGGCCGUCGCUUCGACAGAGGUGAAGACGGCCAUUGUCAGGAUCGGCACCCGUGGCAGUCCUCUGGCCCUCGCACAGGCCUACCAGACCCGUGACAAGCUCAAGGCCGCUCACCCCGAGCUGGCCGAGGAGGGUGCCCUCGAAAUUGUGAUCAUCAAGACCACCGGCGACAAGAUCCUGAACCAGCCUCUCGCCGACAUUGGCGGCAAGGGCCUGUUCACCAAGGAGGUUGACGAUGCUCUCCUGGGCGGAGCCAUCGACAUUGCCGUGCACUCCAUGAAGGAUGUGCCGACGUACCUUCCGGAGGGGACUAUCCUGCCUUGCAAUCUCCCCCGUGAGGAUGUGCGAGAUGCGUUCAUCUCUCUCUCCGCCAAGUCCCUGGCGGAGCUUCCCGCUGGCAGCGUCAUUGGCAGCGCGUCCCUCCGCCGACAGUCGCAAAUCCUCCACCGCUACCCCAGCCUGAAGGUGGUGAAUUUCCGCGGUAACGUGCAAACCCGUCUGAGGAAGCUGAGCGAAGGCGCUGUUCAAGCGACGCUGCUGGCCCUGGCUGGUCUGAAGCGGCUGAACAUGACCGAGCACGUGACCGCCAUCCUCGACACGGAAGACAUGCUGCCAGCCAUCGCUCAGGGUGCCAUUGGCAUUGCCUGCCGCACCGGCGACUCCAAAAUGGAGGAAUAUCUGGCUUCCCUGAACCACGAAGACACUCGCUUGGCUGUGUGUUGUGAGCGUGCCUUCCUCACCACGCUGGAUGGCUCGUGCCGUACGCCCAUUGCUGGUCUGGCGCAGCGCGAUGCCAAUGGUGGCUGCUCCUUCAGGGGUCUUGUGGCCUCUCCUGACGGCAAGAGAAUCCUUGAGACAUCAAGGGCGGGAUCCUACAGCUAUGACGAAAUGAUGGAGAUGGGCAUUGAUGCUGGCAAGGAAUUGCUCUCCUCUGCUGGGCCAGAGUUCUUCAACUGGAGCUAGAGACUUGGGAUGAGUGUGUCCUAGACAGGUUGCAACGCCAUCGGUACCAGACGAAUGCUGGAGGACCAGUCUUAUUUUUCCCCUUCGCUUCCUACAGUAUGUAUACUGCAUUCUUGGUGACUUGCCUGAAAUAACCACCAAAAAUCUAC